CGGAAGUGGCGUUGGAUUCCGGUGUGGGCGGGGUGGUGGUGCCGCUGGGAGCAGGGAGGCGGUGGCAGCAGCAGGAGGCCGGGGCAGCGCGGCGGCGGAACAGCGGGUGCCCGGCGGGAGGCCGGGGGGAACGGUGCCGCCAUGAAGAAGCAAUUCAACCGGAUGAAGCAGCUGGCCAACCAGACUGUCGGCAGGGCUGAGAAAACGGAGGUACUUAGUGAAGACCUGUUGCAGAUUGAGAGACGUCUUGACACUGUGAGAUCUGUUUGCCACAUUGCACAGAAGCGAUUAAUUGCAUGUUUUCAGGGCCAGCAUGGUACAGAUCCUGAUAAGAGACAUAAAAAACUUCCUCUAACAGCUCUUGCUCAAAAUAUGCAAGAAGGAUCUGUCCAGCUAAGUGAUGAAACUCUGUUGGGGAAAAUGCUAGAUACAUGUGGUGAUGCAGAGAAUAAACUGGCAAUGGAGCUCUCUCAGCAUGAAGUACAGAUUGAAAGAGAAGUUUUAGAUCCGCUGUGUCUACUAACAGAGACAGAGAUCCCAAACAUUCAGAAGCAGAGGAAACAGCUUGCAAAGCUGGUGUUGGACUGGGAUUCUGCAAGAGGAAGAUAUAAUCAAGCCCACAAGACUUCAGGAACAAAUUUUCAAGUGCAUCCUUCGAAAAUAGAAUCUCUUAAGGAAGAGAUGGAUGAAGCUGGAAAUAAAGUAGAACAAUGCAAGGAUCAACUAGCAGCAGACAUGUAUAACUUUGUGUCCAAAGAAGGGGAAUAUGCUAGAUGUUUUGUUAUGUUAUUAGAAGCACAAGCAGAUUACCAUAGAAAAGCAUUAGCAGUCAUAGAAAAGGUCCUACCCGAAAUUCAAGCCCAUCAAGACAAAUGGACUGAAAAACCAGCUUUUGGAACUCCAUUAGAAGAGCAUCUCAAGCGCAGUGGUCGUGAAAUUGCAGUCCCUAUUGAAGCCUGUGUAAUGAUGCUUUUGGAAACGGGAAUGAGAGAGGAGGGCUUAUUCAGAAUUGCUGCUGGAGCCUCCAAGUUAAAAAAGCUGAAAGCUGCCUUGGACUGUUCAACUUCCCAGCUUGAUGAAUUUUAUUCUGAUCCCCAUGCUGUUGCAGGUGCCUUGAAAUCCUAUUUGCGAGAGUUGCCAGAACCUUUAAUGACCUACAGUCUAUAUGAAGAAUGGACACAAGCUGCAAAUAUUCAGGACCAGGAUAAGAAGCUACAAGAGUUAUGGAGAAUUUGUAACCGAUUACCUAAGCAUUAUCAUGCUAAUUUCAGGUAUUUAAUCAAAUUUUUAGCAAAGCUUGCACAGAACAGCGAUGUUAACAAAAUGACACCCAGCAAUGUCGCAAUAGUCUUGGGCCCCAACUUGUUAUGGGCGAAGAAUGAAGGAUCCCUUGCUGAAAUGGCAGCAGCAACUUCAGUCCAUGUGGUAGCAGUUAUUGAGCCGAUUAUUCAGCAUGCAGACUGGUUCUUCCCUGGAGAUCAAGAUUUCAAUGUGUCUGGGGCAUUUGUUGCAAUUCCUGCUGUUAAUUCAAAUCACUUGUCACACACUGGGAACGAAUAUGAAUCUGGCACACUGGAACGGAAGAGGCCUGUUAGUAUGACUGUAAUGGAAGGAGAUUUACUGAAGAAGGAAAGCUUUGGUGUCAAGGUUAUGGACUUCCAAGCGAAUCCUCGGAGAUGUGGCACUAUAAAUAGAAAGCACACAUCCCCAGCUUUCCAGCCACCACUUCCACCCACGGAGGCUGGCGUGCUGGCUCAGUCUGGAGCGGAGCAGCACUCACAAGCUUCUGUGGCUGAAACAAGCCCAGUGGGUGCUGGUUUAGCUCUCUCUGCUGGCACAGCAGAACAGUUACAAAGUCAAGGAAAUGAGGAUGUCAGUACCUCGAAAUCUAAGGACAACACAUCUUCAGCCACUCCUCCACCCGUGAGAAAUGGUGGGCAUGUGGGCACUGUCCAGAACCAGUCAACAAGUAGUGCUAAUCAGCUUUCUGUUAAUCAGCCACAGAAUGCAGCUGGUCCCAGUCCCCAUUCAAUGAGGAGAGCCGUUAAGAAGCCUGCGCCAGCCCCUCCCAAGCCAGCCAACCCACCGCCAGGGCAGCCAGGAAGCCAAAGUUCUGCCUCAGCUGCUCAGCUACCCUCUGUCUCUCCAAAACCACCUGCUAGAAGUUCUUCUCCUCCUGCUCAACAUGCAAACCAAGGAGCAGCCCAGACCUCCACUUCCCAGGUUUCUGCACCUCGGAGAUAUUCCAGCAGCCUUUCCCCAAUACAAGCUCCCAGCCAUCCACCACCACAGCCCCCAACACAGGCUACUCCUCCACCGCAGCCCAAAUCAAACAGUCAAACAUCUCCUCCUGCUGCAGCCAGCAGUGAGCACGGACCAGAGCAGCCCUGUUACACUCCUCCGCAGACUCCAACACCACCUGAUACACCCCCUCUAGGAAAACAUAAUAAUAGCUCCCCAUCGUCACAGCCAGCUACUCAAGAAACCUCCCAGUCUCACUCUCCACCUCAGAGUGGUACACUGCCGAGGCCACGGCCGGUACCAAAACCCAGAAAUAGACCUAGUGUUCCUCCUCCGCCUCAUCCUCCUUCUCAGCUGGCUGGAGAUGGUAUUAUUGCAAAUCCCACACAGACAGCUUCCAAAAUAGUAACAGGUGGGGAUGGUUACUGCGAAUAAGCCGUGAUAGGGAGAAUGUCCAUGCCUGCAUCUGAAGUUGAAGUACACCUUUUGAACCGUACUUUAAAUAAAAGCUGAACUGUUAGGCACUGUUAGAUACCAGGGGAGUGCAGCGCCUCUGCGCCUUGGUUCUGUGCUCGUCUCUUCUGUGGUCAAGCUCAGCAUGGAACACUUUGAGUAAGGGAAAAAUGCAAGAAGAAUUUGGGAACUCACGCGAUUGCAGUUUAUUCUUCUAAGCAAUAUUGCUUCUGUUAACAGUAAAAAUGACUAAAAAUCUAAAGUUUAAAUCAACUGACUUUAAAAAUACUUAUGUUUUUAUCUGUGGUAGAAACAGUAGUUAUAGUUGGGGUAAAGGAGAGCUGCUGAUGUUAUGAAACUUGGUUUCAUGGGUUGGGGGCUUACUUUAAAUACAUGAGUGUGAGGCUAAGUGAAAAGGUUUGGGUUUAAAGUAGCUCCAGUAAUUAUUUCUUCAAAGAUCUGUUGUGAUUGUCUUGUAGAAGCCACAAGGCACUGUGCGCUAGACAUAGUCCAGUAACCAGGGCACUGACUUUCAAAAUGAGAAUGAGGGCCGGGGAGAGGAAUCUGUUUAAAAGAUUCCCCUAGAUGAUAGUGGUCAACUCAUGACAGUACUGAUGGUUUCUUUUGUGCCUUCUGGAUGAUUUCAUUCACCACUGACAAGCUAUCUUAACAGAGUAUGGUAUUCCCCAAGACUCUGACAGAAGACUUAGGAGAAAAUUUGUAGUUCACACCUCACAAGAAAACAUAAAUUCUGGAGACCACGCUCAGGCUUCAGUUCUGUGUCUGCUUUUGCCAUUUAGCUCAGAAACUUUCAACUUGAAUAUUUAUAAAAUAACUUCUGAGCUAAAUUUAAAACUUAAUGCUUGAGAUAUGAGUCAAAGUCUUCAUAGGAUGCCUAUUCCACCUAUGUUUAAAAGCAAGGUAUUUAUUUGGAUUCUUUAUUGAUUUAAGGGAUCAAGAUGAUUUUCUAUUUGGAACAGCUGCUGGGUUGCAGUAGGUGAUGUUGUGGCAUAUUAUAAAUUAGCUUUCCAAAAUACUGACUUAAUAUUUUCAGUUAUGUUUUUUGAACUGUUAUGGAUUUUUCUGGUCUUUUAACUACCAGUGCAGUCAGUCACCAGAAGUGCAACAUUUUGAGGUCCUUCUUGGACACCUUGGCUUGAACAAAAUUCUCCUCCCCUCAGAAGAGGCAAAGAACAUGAUGUUAUACACAGUAAAAGGGUUUAGUCUGCAUUUUAUAUAAAUAAUUUCUUCCUCUUCUUGUGACCGUACCUCCUUUUGACACCAUACAUGUUGUUAUUGCCCCCGAAGGUCAUAGGUGGUGGUGAGCUGGCUGAUGGUUUAGGUGCCCAAUUUUUUGGCUGUUUUGAUGUGAAACUCUGGAGUAAUGUUACCGCUCUUAAGGGGCAUGGAGGAAGAGAUGUUUUUCUUUUAUUAUGUACAAGACUAAAAAAGGGUAUGUAGGAGAAGCAAAUCAAAAACAUUUUAGAUUGGCUUAGCUUUUUUGUGUCCAUGUGUGCAUGUGCACAUACGUGCCAGCCCUCUGUUUGAAAAGCCUUUGUUGAUCUUUCCUUUCCCUUUUCUUUCUAAGGAAGUGCACCAGAAAUACACUAGUGAAUGAGAUGUCACUGUCCAGACUGCUAAACUUGCUAUUCCAUUUUUUGUGCAGACUCUAAUUCGAGUAUUCAAGAACCACUUCAAAACCCUUCUUCAGAGCUUCUUACAGAGACAGCGAGCAAAGAACUGCACAACCACCUCAUGCUUGAUAUUGACAAUGAUACGGAAAGCACUGCUCUGUAAAGGAAACUCUCAAACUUUUUAAAGUUCCUCUCCGGGUGGGAAAACUAACAGACCUAACAGUGAAAAGCUUCUUUUGACGAUAUGGCAAAACUGUGUAGAGUUGUGACUUGUGCAUCACGGAGAAGGUGAUUUAGCCAUUCAGAAGAAGUUUAAUGAUCUGUGUCUCAACAGUGGUUUUCUUGGAUGGAAGGAAUUACUGCAGAAACUUGCAUAGGAAGUAUAAUUGCUGCUAAUACAGAUGGUAUUAGUAGAAAUUCCAAAAGAAUAAGCAGCAGAACAUUAGUUAUUUAAAGUGCAUGUAUUAUGGAAAUAAUCUUUUUAAAUGUCACGGUUAGACUUUUAUUUCUAGUUCUUAGAUAUUACAAGGAGAUGCCUUGCAAGAGACAUUCCCUCACUGAUUUGCUGCAGAUUCUUUUUAAAACAUGAACCAAAAAAUGCCAGAGUGCUGGUGGUGACUGCUGGUUAUCAGUUGCCUUGUCAAAACUGUGGAUGUAUUCUAGUGCCUUGAAGGACUGUCAUACUGUAGAAGGAAACUUACUGUAUCUCUAAUCAUUUCAUUGCUACUUAAUGAUCAGUACUUAAUACUUAUUUCAUAGUUAUUUGUAUUAACCAAGCCUGCUUUUGUUUAUGUGAAACUUGCAACUCUAUUUCAAGACAAAACUGUGGAAGUAUGUUUUGUGCUUUCAUUGAAAACGGCUGAAUUUUGAAAGAACUUUGAAACAGCUGUUUGGAUUCGUCAGUUGGGUGAACAUUUAUAAAAUUAAAGAUUGUCUUUUGUCAGCUUAA